AUGUCGGUGCUUUGUGUCGCUUUGAUCCGAAAUGCUUUGACCGUCAGGAACUCUGGCAUUGUGGUGACGGUGCGCUAUGCCCAGACCAUGGCUUCACCUGCUCCUGAACCCAGGAUGAAGAAGUUCCAGAUUUACCGCUGGGAUCCAGACACUGCUGGAGACAAACCCCGUAUGCAGACAUAUGAAGUUGACCUUAACACCUGUGGUCCAAUGGUUCUGGAUGCUCUCAUCAAAAUCAAGAAUGAGAUGGACCCUACCCUUACAUUCAGACGUUCCUGCCGUGAGGGUAUUUGUGGCUCAUGUGCCAUGAACAUCAACGGCGGCAAUACACUGGCAUGCCUCAACAAAAUUGACAGCAACACGAACAAAGCCACCAAAAUUUACCCGCUCCCACAUAUGUAUGUAGUCAAGGAUCUUGUACCUGACAUGAGCAACUUUUACGCGCAGUAUAAAUCCAUUGAGCCCUACCUAAAAAAGAAAGAUGAAUCUCAAGAAGGAAAGGACCAGUAUUAUCAGUCAGUUGGGGACAGGCAGAAACUGGAUGGCUUAUAUGAGUGCAUCCUGUGUGCAUGCUGCAGCACCAGUUGUCCCAGCUACUGGUGGAAUGGGGACAAAUACCUCGGACCUGCUGUUCUCAUGCAGGCAUACCGGUGGAUGAUAGAUUCCAGAGAUGACUUCACUGAGGAGCGACUGUCAAAACUUCAGGACCCCUUCUCUCUAUACCGCUGCCACACAAUCAUGAAUUGCACAAAGACCUGCCCCAAGGGACUCAACCCGGGAAAGGCCAUCGCAGAGAUCAAGAAAAUGAUGGCGACUUACCAAGAGAAGAAAGCUGCUACAUCAUGA